GGCGGAGCUUGUCAGAAUCCAGAUUCCGGAGAUCGGAGAUGAGUAUAACUACGUGCCUGCUCCCUCAAAUUCUCACGAUCUCCGUUGUGAGUUGAAUCUCGGCGAUUGAAAAGGUUCGUCACAAUGGUGAACCCUACCUCAGUGCUCGUCGCAGCUUCCUUGCUCAUCAAUCCUCUCGCCGCCACUUUGGUGGGAAAGAAUGAGCAUGACGCCGAAUACUCUCCUAACUACUCAACAGCAACCGCAUAUAGCAACAUCACAUCCAUUCUCGACAAAAUCCAGACGCGCGGUUACCUGAAAGUCGGCACAACGGGAGACUACAAGCCCUUCUCCUACAAAGUAACAAACCAAACUGCACUUCCUGCCACACCAGCCAUCAACACCACGUACAUCGGCGCCGAUAUUGACUUGGCGCAAUCGCUUUCCAACUCUCUUGGCCUUCCGCGUCCCGUUGAGUUCGUCCCAACGAUCUGGGCGAACAUCACAACGGACCUUGUAGCACAGAAAUUCGAUGUUGCGAUGAGCGGCGUUAGCAUCACUUUGGCGCGCGCGCAAAAGGUCUUCUUUUCUACUGCGAUUCAACGCGUGGGCAAGGCUGCCUGCGUGCGAUGCGUAGAUCUAGAAAAAUUCUCGUCUCUGGAGGCUAUUGAUACUGCUGGUGUCAAAGUCGCUGUCAACCCGGGAGGAACGAACGAGGCGUUUGAUCGGGCGAACUUGAAGGCCGCGACUAUCGUUCUGGUGCAGGACAAUAACGCUGUUUACAAAGCUGUCAUGGAUGGCGACGCCGAUGCAAUGAUUAGCGAUAUCAUCGAGGUCGAGUUGCAGGUUCGGCUGCACCCGGAUGUGCUCUGCAUCGUCAACCCGAAUGCGACUUUUACGUUUGAAGAAUUAGGUUACAUGGUUGGACGAGAUGUUGUGUGGAAACAGUAUAUGGAUAUGUUUGUGCAUAUUCAGCUUGGAAGUGGUGGAUGGAAUCGUACGCUGGAGAAGUGGAUGUCUUAUAAAUGGCCUUCAGUGUAGAUGAGUGUAUACGAGAUGGCUACCAAAUAGGAAAUGAACUCAUGGCUCUUUGAGCAGGAAGCCUGUAAUCUGUUAGGUCGCCAGCCAUUGCAGGCGUGAUGGGAAGCGGGUGGUAAAGCCAGAAAGGUUAGAUCCGGGAUUAAAUAACGAUCGUGAUGGCUGCAUUCGCGUAAUCACUAGGACCAUCCGUCU